ACCAACAAACAUGGCGGCCGCUGAUCUCUCCAGUUCUUCUUUUUUUCGGCAUUUGCAAUGCAGAGAUCUUCACCAGUAUUUAGGAAGUUUGCCUUCUGGGAUAUUGGAUAGGUUAUAUAAUCACCCGGCUAUUUGCUUAGCUGUUUUCAGGGAGUUGCCAGAACUUGCAAAGCAAUUUGUCAUGAGAACUCUGUUUGCUGACCAACCUAUACCUGAAACCUUAGUAGCUGCAUGGGUCAAAAGUGAACACCAAAAGCAUUAUAUAGGAUCUUUAAACAGACUCAAGGGUCUGAGGAUAUGGAAGGAGGCAAGUGGCAGAAUACCUAAUAGACUUGAGAUGAAUGCAAUUUUCCGCAGCAAUCUGAAGAUUGCCCUUUGUGGGGGAGGGAAUCCAUGGAUAGGAUCUGGUGAUCAACCUGAAAAGGACAAGCAUGCAAGAGACAUCACAUUCCUUGACAAAUAUAGCAUGGAGAGAUGGGAGGCUGUUCUUCAUUUCAUGACUGGUUAUACGUCAACUGAGGAGGGAGCAGCAGUCAGUCAGGAUGUUGUCAAGGUGUUGGUUUUAUCAGGACUCAUGAAAUGUGAGACACCUGGCAACUCACCAAUCAUAAGCCCUGCUGGAUUUCAGUUUCUUCUCAUGGACACAGCCUCCCAAGUUUGGUAUUUUAUGCUUCAGUACCUAGAAACAGUCGAGGGUCGGGACAUGGAUCUUGUCGAGUGCCUGUCAUUUCUGUUCCAGAUUAGCUUUGCAACCCUUGGCAAGGACUAUUCUACAGAAGGAAUGAGUGAGUCUCAGUUAAAAUUUCUUCAACAUCUGAGGGAGUUUGGUCUUGUUUUUCAACGAAAGCGUAAAUCAAGAAGAUAUUAUCCCACAAGAUUAGCAAUCAACCUGGCUUCAGCGGGAAUAGGGAGUACGUCUGUCACUAAUACAGACGAGAAGGGAUUCAUAGUUGUUGAGACAAACUACCGUCUUUAUGCUUACACAAGCUCAUCUCUACAGGUAGCUCUUGUAGGACUGUUUUCGGAGAUACUUUGUAGGUUUCCUAACCUGUGUGUGGCUGUGUUGACUAGGGACAGUGUUCAGCAGGCGCUAUCAAGUGGAAUAUCUGCUGAACAGAUUCUCCAUUUCUUGAGGACCAGAGCGCACCCUGAGAUGCUAAAAAAGAAUCCUAUCAUACCGCCUACAAUAAGUGACCAGAUCCGACUGUGGGAGCUGGAAAGGAGUAGAAUGAAGUUCACUGAAGGUGUUCUAUAUAAUCAGUUUCUCUCGCAAGCAGACUUUGAAACAUUAAAGAAGUAUGCCGAGGAUCUUGGUGUUCUAAUGUGGGCCAAUUCGUCAAAGAGAGUUAUUGUCGUCAGCCGCUCAGGCCAUGACGAUGUUAAACGGUUUUGGAAAAGACAGAAACAAAACACGUGACACACGCUGCUAGUCCCAGACUCGACCAUUUCCACGUGACGAGCACGUAAACUACGACAAACACACAGGAUCUAACACUUGCGAGUUUGCGGGUUUGGCACUUUGGAUAGAAGUCAAAGAGAACUGACUCGUGACACCGAAAUGAACAGAUGAGGCGGUUUACGGACAAAUCAUUCUACGCUUUCUAACACCCUCAUGCCAAAAAAGGAGAUAUAUUUUAUAUUUAUUUUGUAUCAUAUUAGUAAUGCCGUUAAAAGUUGUACAUACUUGUGACC